AUGUCUUUUUUUCUCUGUCUGUCUCUUUUCAAAAAGCGACCGUUCAUCCAUGUAUGUAUGUAUGUGGAUGUGGCGAGAGAGUCAAGCAAUGCAAAUAUAUAUUUUUCCAUCCAUUCUUUCUUUUUUCUUUCUUUCUUUCUCUCUUUCUUUCCUUCUUUCUUUCUUUCUUUCUUUCCUUCUUUCUUCCUCUCUUUCUUUCUUUCUCUCUUUCUUGUCGAUGUUCUUUCUUUUUUAUUCUUUAUUUCUUCCACGUAUCCAUUGUUUUUCUUUUUUAAUUUUCUCUUCUUUCUUUCUUUCUUUCUUUCUUUCUUUCUUUCUUUCUUUCUUUCGUUCGUUCAUUUGUUCGUUCGUUCUUUCUUUCUUUACAGGCAAAGCCAUGUGGUUGUGUAUAGGCGACUAAAAGAUGAGAGUGAAUCUAUCUUAGCAAGGCCAUCCUCGAUUUUGGUGCUAGCUGCCACCCCGUUCCCACUAACCUCUUCCUCAAUAUCUCACCCCAUUCCUACCUACAUCCCCACUUCCGCCGCCACUUUCACUGGCUCGAACAUUCUAACCGUCUCCCCCUUCGUGAUUUCCUUUCGCAUAUCUACUUUUUCUUUGUUUAUAAUUCUGCCUCUUUUCCUUUCUUUUUUUUUUUUUUCGUUUUUCUUUGUCUAUUUCUCAUUCGCUUUUUCUGCUUGGUCCUUUUUUCUUUUUUUUUUUGGUUUUUGUUUUGUUAUUCUUUUUAUCGUGGUCUUGAAAUUUCUUCGUCUUAAUCCUCUUCUUCGUCUUCUUCGCUUUGCUUUUCUCUUUCUUUCUUUUCUUCUCUUUCUUUUCUUCUCUUUCUUUUCUUCUUUUCGUUUUUUCUUCUUUUUUCUCUUUACUUUGAAUUUCUCUUUUUUUUCUUCUCUUCGUCUUCUUCUAUUCUCCUUUUUCUUCUUUUUCUUCUCUUUACUUUGCUUUACGCUUUCUUCCUUUUCUUUUUCUUUUCUUCUACUGCUUUUCCUCUUUUCUCCUUUUUUCUCUUCACCCUCAUUGACUCUCUUUCUCUCUCUCUUUCUCCCCUUUCUUACUAUUACUCCUUUUCCUUCCUCUUUAUACCAUUCUCUCUCACUGUCUCUCUCUCUCUUUCUCUCUCUCUCUCUCUAUCCUUCUCUUUAUGUCAGUCAGACUCUUUUUGUUCUCGUCUUCGACGAUUCUAAGAGACUCCGUGCCCUCGUCAAUGCUAAGUUGAUCGAGGGCGAUGUCUCAGCUGCAGUGAGAAUAUUGGCCUCAUCCGGUACUAUACUAGCUACUACACCAGAAGUUCUCACAGCUCUCCGUCGGAAACAUCCUGCGCCACCAUCAGAUGUCAGAUUUGUUCAGAUGGAAAACAAUGAUUCAAAUAUUGAAAUCUCAAAGGAAGCAAUGGUUGCCGCUCUGAAGUCUUUCUCGGGAAGCAGCAGUGGAAGUGUGGACGGCCUUCGACCUGGUCACAUCAAGGACUUAAUUUCUGCCCACACUGCCGAAGCUGGUGAACAUUUGAAAAAAAUCCAUAACAGCUCUUAUUAA